CGCGCGAGCAGGGGCACGGCGGCACUCUCGGGAGCUCGAGCCGGUGCGCGAGCAGGACACGGCGGCGUUGGACCUCAUCACCUUCGAUUCGAAGUGUUCGUAGCCACCAACUGCAUAUCGGGGUUCCCAAUAUCCACGCAGGUAGGAAAUGGACAACAAUAGUGGCAAGGGAGGAAGCACCCAUGCUUCAUGGACGUCAGCUAUGUCAUCUUUCAUGCUGAAACACCUUGCCAAUCUUGUGGCCGGUGGCACAAGUACCUCAUCUGGCUUCAAGGCAGUGCAUCUCAAUGCAUGUGCGAGGGCUGUGAAUAAAAGGUUUAACAGUACUCUCACGGGUGAGCAAAUUAAGAAUCAUUUGAAGACAUGGCAAAGAAAGUUUACAAAGAUAAAUAGGCUUAGGAAAGUUAGUGCUGCUGGUUGGGAUGAGAAAAAUUUCAUCAUUACUCUUGAUGAUGAGCACUACAAUGGCUAUAUUGAGGAUCACAAGGCUGAUGCUGAUUAUUUUAACAAACCUCUUGCGCACUAUGGUGAGAUGCUUACAAUAUUUGGUAGCACCAUGGCUACGGGAAAGUAUGCAAAGGACUCAAGUUCAGUCCUAGGAACAGAGGAUGUCCAAGAGGAAAAUGAUGAAGAGGAAAAUGAUGGCCCUGCCACUACUGAUGAUCGUCCGGAGGCAUCAUCUGCAAGCAAGCCAAAGAAAGCUAGAACACAAGAAAUUGAAGAUGAUGGGCUGAUUGGUGCAUUCACCAGUGUUGGUGACAAGUUAGCUUCUGCUAUACUAAAGGUCGCUGAGCCAGACAAUAAACUGCCAGAUGGUUUAUUUGAAACCUUGAAAAGCCUUCCUGGGUUUGAGGAGAUCCACGUAUCUGUUUACUAUGCUCAUUUGGUUGCUAACCCUCACAUUGUUAGAGCUUUUGAUGGACUUCCUUUCGAAAACAAGAUACAUUGGGUCCAUUUGUUCAUUAAUGAGAAGUUUCCUGGAUCAAUGUAGCGUUGUUAGAUGAGUUGGGUAGUUCUUUUGGUAUUAUGUGUUGCCGGUGGGCCCAUGGUCAUGUAUGACUUGUACUGCCAAUAUGUUGUAGGCAGUGAACUCUUAGGUGCAAGACUUAAAUUUGCUAUUAUGUGUAAGACCUUAAUUUGCUAUUAUGUGCACGACUUGAAACUUCUUAUUAUGUUUGGCUUGGACUCUAUGUAUGGAUUGAAAUGGGAUCA